AUGACACAAAGAAAUGGCACCACGGUGACUGAAUUCAUUCUGCUGGGAUUUUUGGUUAAGCAAGAGGUGCAAUAUGCUCUUUUCCUUGGGUUCCUCAUCAUCUUUGUCAUAUCUCUAGUAGGCAAUAUGGGAAUGAUCCUACUCAUCAACAUCGAUUCCCGCCUUCACACCCCCAUGUACUUUUUCCUUCAACAUUUGUCCUUUGUUGACCUGUGCUAUACCUCUGCUAUCACUCCCAAGAUGCUACUGAAUUUUUUGGUUUCCCACAAGUCUAUCUCAUUUUCGGGUUGCGUGAUACAAUUGGAGGUUUAUGGGAUUUUUGCCAGCACUGAAUGUUACCUUCUCGCCGCCAUGGCCAUAGAUCGGUAUGUGGCCAUCUGUAAUCCCCUGCGCUAUCCAGUGGUCAUGUCUCGAAGAGCCUGCAUCCAGCUGGUGGCUGGAUCCUAUUUUAUGGGUUCUGUAACCGCCUCCAUUCAAAUUGGCUUUCUCUUUUCCCUAUCCUUCUGUAACUCCAAUAUAAUCAACCACUUUUUCUGUGAUGCUCCCCCACUCCUUGCCCUUUCCUGUUCCAGUAUUGAUAUGAAUGUUAUGAUGCUAAUUAUCAUUUCAGGCUUCAACCUGUCAAGCACUGUGAUGAUUGUAUUCUUUUCCUACAUGUACAUCUUGUCUGCCAUCUUGAAGAUGCAUUCUGCUACAGGGAGACACAAGGCCUUCUCCACCUGUGCCUCCCACUUGACAGCUGUCACCAUUUUAUAUGGGACUCUUUUUUAUAUGUAUUUACAUCCUUCUUCCAGUGAAUCCCAGGAAAAUGAUAAAGUAGCCUCUGUAUUUUAUGGCAUCAUCAUCCCCAUGUUGAACCCCCUAAUCUAUAGCUUAAGAAACAAGGAAGUCAAAGAGGCAGCGAAAAUUCUGGGGAAAUGUUGCUCAUAA